AUGAGUGCACAGCUUACACAAUUCGAGGAGGAGAAGAAGGCCUACCAGGAACAGCUGGACAUAGUCUCCACAUCCCUCAAAGAUGACCCCGAAAGUGCCGAGCUGCUCGCCCUCAAGGCUGAGCUGGAUGAGAUGAUCAACAUGAUCAAUGAGUCCAUCGCCGACAUCCAGCCCAAACGAGCUGCACCGGCGCCUGCAGCCGCCCCUCCGAAGAACCUGUCCACACCGGCAGAACCAACACCUGAGAAGUGGUCGCGGGAAAACCAUCCAGCCUUCAAGAAGGCCGCGCAGGAGGAGAAGGACAGGCAAGAAGCAGCUGCCGCCGCAGCAGCAGAGUCGGCUAUCCCCAUCUCCUACCAGGUCAAUGAUACAGUUCUUGCUAAGUGGGUCUCGGGUGACAAGGGAUUCUACCCGGCACGCAUCACGGCCGUCACCGGGUCGUCCACGCAGCCCAUCUAUACCGUCAAGUUUAAGAGCUACGAUACCAGCGAGACACUGCGCUCCAACAACAUUCGCCCCAUUAGCAACAAGCGCAAGGCCGAUGGCAGUAACCCGGCCGCAGGCCCUUCCGCCGCGGGCGGCAGCUUGAACAGCCCGACUGCAUCUGGAGCAACAACGCCUGGCGGAUCAACGAGCGUCAAUAAUGGCAUCGUCCUCACGUCCGCACCGAGCGUGUACCCACAGGCCGAGAAGAAUGCCGCUGCCGACGGCGAGAAGCCGGUUAAAAAGUUCAAGAAGAUCAAGGCGAACAAGGAGCUCGAGAAGGGAAAGUCCAAGUGGCAAGACUUCAACGCCAAAUCCAAAUUUGGGAAAUCCCAAAAGAAGGACAGCAUGUUCCGCACACCAGACGGCGUUCAUGGACGAGUUGGGUUCACUGGGUCUGGCCAGACCAUGCGCAAGGAUCCUACUCGGAGUCGUCACGUUUACCAACCAAAUGAGGACAUUGACUAA